UCUGUGGAGGGGAACUAGAGAUUGAGAGUCAGGAGUGGAAGCAAAACUUAUUUUUCAUUGUAAAUCUUUAGAUUCUAUGUUACUUUUUUUAUGCUAAAAAUUCAGAAUAUAAUGUAAACUAUGAAUGGUAAAAAAAAGUAACACUUGCAUUUAGUAAAAGUUUGAAUUAUUUGCAAUACGUGUGUAUUACCUUUUAAAUUAACAAAUAAUAAGUUAUAAUUUAAAAAGGAGAUGGCAAUGUUUUGCUUGAAAAAAAGUGGGAGGAAAUACACUAAAGUGUUAACAUUGUCAGUUUCUGAGUGGGUGGAAUGUCAGGUAAUUUAAAAUUUUCUUUUUUACGCUUGUGUAUAUUUUUCACAUUUUCUACAAUAGUAUAUACUUUCAUAGCACACGUUUUCUUUCGUAAACAAAGAAAGAUGACUGGCAGCAUAGUGGCAGAUGUUGUGAGGCCAUUGUGGUUGCUCCCCUUGUUUUCGGUAGGAAAAGUGAGGUUCUUUUGAAUCUCCAAUUCUUGAAACAGGCUCUGAAUCUCAUGCCAUGAAAAAGUGAAAAGUUGAGGCUCCUCCAAUCUCAAUUUCUUCUUCCAUGUAAAUGCUAUGCCCCAGUCUCCAAGUGUCCUAGGCAUGUUCCGCACUUAUCUAGUGAACCUUGUCGUGGGGCAGAUUGAUACAGGGAUGGAGCUGAGGGUCUCAGAUAAAGACUUGAGAUCUGGAAGAAAAGACAAUGAAAAAUGGAGGUCAUAGGAAGCUAGUGGUGUCAUGUUCAAGAAACUAUUAUUAAAGGGCUGCUAAUUAUCAAAAAGGAGCCCUUGUGGUACAAUGAUUGAGCACUUGGUUCUGAACAAAAGGUUGGCAGUUUGAACCCACCCAGCAGCUCUGGGGGAGAAAGACCUGGCAACCUGCAGAUUACAGCAAGAAGCCCUGUGGGGGCAGUUCUAUUCUGUCACAUGGGGUCUUUAUGAGGUGGAAUCUACUCGACAGCACUGGACAACAACAACAACACCACACGAAGUCCCUCCAUGGGUGGUGUAAAUGGGUAAGCGUUCAGUUGCUAACAGAGGUUGGAGGUUUGAGUCCACCCAGAGACACCUUGGAAGAGAGUCCUGGCUAUCUACUUCUGAAAAGUCAGUCAUUUGAAAACCUAUGGAGCACAGUUCUACGCUGACACACAUGAGGUCUCCAUGAGUUGGAAAUGACUCAGUGGCAACUGGUUGGUUUAAUAAUACCACAUAUUCGUCUGCUCAUCUAUAUUUGUCAGCUCCUUGUCUUUACAGCUCACCUGAGAGGCCAGUAGAGCCAAAUCCAGCAGUUGCACUCCAUUUCUUUUCCUUUGGGGGAAAAAGCAGGAAUUCCUAAAGAGAGUGACAACCCAGACACUAUCUCACAUCGGGGAUGUCCUUCCACACUCCUCUGACCACUCAGCUAGCCUCUUCUGAGGGUACCCAGUGCUGAGCACAGGAGAGAUUCAUGGGGAGAAGCAGGGUACCCUGGCCUGGCAAGAUGUAGAAGAAGCAAUUAAAGACUCAAGUAAGACAUACGACCAACUGCUGGGUUAUGGGGUUCAGAUUCAAAGUGUUCUAGGAAAGGAGAGAAUGGUCUGUGAGGGCUGUGGUCUCAGGAAAGGCCUGGAACAUAACAAAUAUUUGUGGAAUGAAUAAGUGAAUGAAGAAAUAAAUAAACAAUCGAGGCUUUGAAAGAUUUGGAAUAAUAAUGACUUUUCACACCUGUAUGGAAUUUACCAGUUUAUUAAGAUCUUAAUCAUUGUUAUCUCAUUUGAGUUCUGUAGCAACCCUGGGAAAAAGGCAGGGUAGAAACCAUUCUCCCCAUUUCUCAGAGGUGGAGAUUGAGCCCCAAGUGAUGAAGUCACUUGCAUUAAUUCAGCACACAUUAUUUCCUGAAUGCUGAUUAUGUGCCAGGACUUGUGCUGAAGCUAAGGAUACAGAAAUGAAGUACUUAAGUCCCAAAUGCUCAGUGUAAAGGAGAAACUGGAAUAGUAGUGGUUCUGUAACAAUACAAGUGCCGUUGGAGGUGUGUGUGCGUCAUGCUCUGGGAGAACAGAGGCAGGGGUGCAUGCAUCUGCCAUGCACAAGGAAGGUGACACUUGACCUGGGUCUACAAGGAGUUUGUUAGUAGGAAACGGGCAUUCUAGGCAGAAGGAAUACGUGUACAAAGGGGCAAAGGCAAGAAAUACCAUAUUUGGAGUAAAGUGUCAUUUGAUAUAAUGGUAACACAGGUUAGUGGGGAGAAGGCUUGGGGGAAGAUAAAACUUAGUUGGUUCUUUGAUUAGUUGAUUCUUUGGCAAGCUGAAGAGUUUGGGCUUGACCUUUAGGGCUGGGGAGCCAUAAAAGUUUUUGAAGCGGAGGAAUGAUAACCCUAUACUGGACCUUUCCUGGACUUUUCAUGUGUUAGCUGUUUUUGACUUUUUUCCAAAACUCAGCUCAGGAGUUACCUCCUCCAAGAGACCUUGUUUGGCCACUGUGCCUCCAGGUUGGGGUACAUGAUUUCUGUGGGCUCCUUUGGCCAGGGCUCCCCUUCGUCUUAUCACUUAUUCACUGCUUAGUUAUUCUUUGUUUACUUGCUUUAUUACUCUAAUCUGUGGCCACACAGAAGUCAGAUAUCAUGUCUGACUCACAUUUUUAUUCUCCAUGCCCACCACAGGGCUUGACCCAGAGAAAUGUGCUCAGUAAAUAUUUGCUGAAGGAAUGAAUGGAAGUAGCUGGGUCUCACCCCGUGGCCUGAGACAACAUUUGGGGCAGGUGCAGUGAUGGGCAACUCUGUACGUUUCCUCAGUCAUGCUGGUGUGGGGAGUGAGUGUGUGAAUGUCCCUGAGUAACCACAGGUCUCUGCUGCAGAUGGCUUCUGUGACUGAUGGUAAAGGUGGAAUCAAAGAUGCCUCUGACCAGAAUUUUGACUACAUGUUCAAACUGCUCAUCAUUGGCAACAGUAGUGUUGGCAAGACCUCCUUUCUCUUCCGCUAUGCCGACGACACCUUCACCCCGGCCUUCGUCAGCACUGUGGGCAUCGACUUCAAGGUGAAGACAGUCUACCGUAAUGAGAAGCGAGUGAAGCUGCAGAUAUGGGACACAGCUGGGCAGGAGAGGUACCGGACGAUCACCACAGCCUAUUACCGUGGGGCCAUGGGCUUCAUUCUGAUGUAUGACAUCACCAAUGAGGAGUCCUUCAAUGCUGUCCAAGACUGGGCUACUCAGAUCAAGACUUACUCUUGGGACAAUGCACAGGUCAUCCUGGUGGGGAACAAGUGUGACAUGGAAGAAGAGAGGGUUGUUCCCACUGAGAAGGGCAAGAUCCUUGCAGAACAGCUUGGGUUUGACUUCUUUGAAGCCAGCGCCAAGGAGAACAUCAGUGUAAGGCAGGCCUUUGAGCGCCUGGUAGAUGCCAUUUGUGACAAGAUGUCUGAUUCACUGGACACAGACCCCUCUGUGCUGGGUGCCUCCAAGAACACACGUCUCUCAGACACCCCGCCGCUGCUGCAGCAGAACUGCUCGUGCUAGGCAAGGCCCGCCCUCCUGACCCCCUCAUCGUGGCCCCACACCCACUCUGCUUCUCCCUCCUUACACCCUGUCCACUCUGCCCCAAGCAAGCUGAGCUGCUGCUGUUCUCUGCCUGCAGUGGAGAGGGAAGCAUGCCCCAGGGGUCCUCUGCUGAUGGGCCCCACUUUACAGACUUUCAGCACUAAAUGAACAGUGCAGGUCACAACAAGGGUAGAGAUUCACUUUACAAAAGAAGACUUCAUUUUACGAAGGGAAUUCGCCACAGGGGUUGUUGAAAGUCAUUCUCUUUUCUGCUUAUAAAUUAAGAUUUCCUUCAUUUAUCAAAAUUCAACACACACACUUUUCAGGGACUGGCCAGCUUUGUAAAGUGAGGCCCACCCACACAGCUAAUCAUUAAAGAAAGCCUCCCCAAACGCAAAGUGCUUGUUUCAUGUCAGGCUCCCCGUGGGGCUGCCUCUCACCACAAGUCAAGCUUUGGCUCUCAAUGCCUUAUGCCUGUUACCAGGAAUGCCCACAGGGCUUGGGUAGUUGCUGUGGUGACAGGCCAGAGCUAAUCUCCAGAGAGCCCAAACUAUCUAAUGAUGCUGAAGGAGCAAAGGCUGAGUCAGAUACACACUUAAAAGAAAAAGAUUAUCCCGUGCAAAAUGUCAAAGGUUCCUGCUAUAUGAAAGAACAAAUGAGUGAGUUCAAAAAAGACAAGGAGAAAAAAAGAGACAUAGGCAAAAUAAAGAAACAGGUCAUGAAUUUCUGAUUUUGUUUCUUUCCAGCUGGCCCUUAAGCUAUGGGAGCUCCAUGAAAUUGCUCAUUGUUUUUUGCUCCCAAAACCUGAAAAUUUUAGAGUUGGUGGGAUCUCCAAAUUUACCUUGUCUUACUAGUCAGUUCCAACCUUCAUGUCUGAUGAGUGGCUGUCAGGCCUUUCAACUAAAUAUCUUCCAAAGCAUACCUUUCAGGAAAGGAGGAAAGCUUAUGGCCCGCACAAUUUUGGGCAGCUCUCAUAAUCAGAGCGUUUUCCUUGUUUUAAGGUGAAAUCUGCCUUCUGGAAACACUUUUCGCUUUUCCCACCCAUUUUUACCAGUUCUCUGUCUGAGAUGCCACAGUCUCUUCUCCCUCUGCCCAGUGACAUGCUUACAUGAUUUGAGAACAGGAGCCUGCCUGUUUAAAUAGCCCUAAUUCCACCUGCCAUUCUCCAUAGGGUCUUCUUUCUAUCUUGUCCCUUUCCUCCACCUCGUUAUUUAGUCACUCCAAACUGAGAGAGAUGAUUCAAAGUAGGAUAAAUCUAAGGGGGCCUGGCGCUGAAAAAAAUGGGGAACUCAGAGGUCCUAGGAAACCCUGGUGGCGUAGUGUUUAAGAGCUACAGCUGCUAACCAAAAGGUCAGCAGUUAGAAUCCACCAGUUCUACUCUCUCCUAUAGGGUCACUAUGAGUCAGAAUCGACUCAAUGGCAAUGGGUUUUUUUGUUCGUUUGUUUCAGAGGUCCUAAUCCCAAUUCCCUUUCUCUGGGAGUGAAACCUAAGUUUCUACAAAAGAGCUAGAUGUAAAAUCCUUCUGGUUAACCACCCCGCCACAAAAAAAUCAUUGCCUUCAAGUUGCUUUUGACUUGUAGUGAACCUAUAGGACAGAAUAGAACUGCCCCAUAGGAUUUCUAAGGAAUGGCUGAUGGAUUCGAAUUGCCGACUUUUGGUUAGCAGCCUAAUGCUUAACUAAAGCCCCUUAAUUAAACACCUGAGAGAAAAAAGAAAAACAAUUACACACACAUACACAAAAAAACUCUGAGACCAGAAACAAACCGAAUGGAUUAACUCAUGAUUCCAGCUUGCUUGGACACAGACACAUGUAUGGCCUUUAGCUGGAAUAAUGGUGUGGAACUGGAUAUGGUUCCCUGAGAAUCUUGCAUCCCAGCCCGGAUCCCUGGGGUCCUCCUGCAUGAAUAUGCCACCUCAAAAGUCAGUGGGGGAGAUCUUCUCCUAAGUUUUCAUUUCAAAUGCAGCUCAUUGUCCUAGGAAACUGCAUUCUAGCAAUAGGUCCAACAACAAAAUAAAAGGCCCAGCCAGAGUCAGCCCCAUUGAGACAUUACUCUCUUUGGUGUGUGGUGUAGAGGACAGAGCUUUAGAUUAAGAAUCAAGAGACCUGGACUCUGCCAUUAAAUCAAGUGUGAUUCUAGAAUACUCCACUCUGAAUCUCAAUAAAAAUGAAGAGCUCAGCUUCUAACCUAAAAGGUCUGCAGUUCAAAUCCACCAGCUGCUCCUUAGAAACCCUAUGGGGCAGUUCUCUGUACUAUACAGUCACUAUGAGUCAGAAGCAACUCAAUGGCACCUAACAACAACAUAAAAUGAAGGGGUUUGUUUGAAUGAUCGUUAAUGUCCCUUCCAGCACUAGUAACUCUUUGGUUGUUUUUACCUUCAUCAUUUCAUCUGGCCUGCAUAACAACCUGAGAGAUAGGGUUCAUCACCCCAGUGUGAUUUUGGCUAACAUUGAUGUCAUAUUUACUAUGUGCUCAUUGUCCCAACCACUCAACAUGUAUUAACUCAUUUAUCUUCCGACCAUCUUUUUCAGGGAAGCACUAUAAUCAACCUCAUUUAAAGAUUAAAAAAAAAAAAAAGAUAAGGGAGCAAAAAUAUAAAGAGGUUCUUUACCUUGCCUAAGGUCACAUGAUGAGUAAAUGGUAGAGCAGGGGUUCAAACUAGACAUUAUGCUCCCAAGUCUGUGCUCUUAACCAUGUUCUAUACCAUAUUUCUUAUAGAUAAACUGAGAUUCAGAGAAAUUAAGAGACUUGGCCAAGAUCACACAGCUAGUGAAUAAUAGAGACAUAUUAGAAUUCAAUCCCAGGGCCACCAGAUUCCAAAUCCAUUAGAGAAAAGACUUAUGCCUCUAACUGGUUAACAAAUUGUUCAAUCACUUAAAUUAGUCUAAAGUGAAGGAUAUCUAACAUUGCAGGAAAGGAGAGUCAGUAUCUAAAGCAACGAGGUCCCAUGCACCUGAGCAAAAAAUGCCCAGUGCUUCUCAUGGCCAAGUCCUGGCAUUUCUGUAUCUGCUUCUGUUAGGCAAUACUUAUCUGACUCCCAAGCAGUGCUUUGAGUCUUCUCUAUGCUCCAGCAGUGGGGCACUGGGGAGGAGUGACUUAAGUUCUCUGACCAUGGAAGAAGAAUGAGGUCCCAUCACAGGGCAGGGGUUCCGAAUGUGCUGUUUUACAUGUAAAGUCCCAUAUAGUGUCAGGGAUAACUAUUCUUUUCCUGGGCAGUAUAUCAUACAACCUAACACCCAUCUAUCCUAGUACUGGGAUUUCAGACUGAGCUUUUCGCAAACUCUAGAUGUUUUAGUACCUAUAUACAGCACUCUUUUCUCCCCUACUGAGUAUCCAGGCAGAGGUUUCAUUUUUUACUUAAAAACCGUCAAAUUCUUUAAAACCGAGAAUUUAAUUCAAGAGAGUAAGCAUCUUCGCAACAGAUGGAAUCAGGAGUUAAAUGCUAUAGUGGCAUUGGGCAACUGUUCCACUGGGCAACAUACAAACAUUGGCUUGUUAGGUGGCAAUUCUCCAUCCCUCCUGUUCUGUGACCUGGUUUCUACUGGGUGGAAGGCAGCAACCUCUAGCUGAUUGCAGCACAAUGUGCAUCAAUCAUGGUAAUAGCACAAUUAGCCAUCAAGGUUCAAGCUGUAUAAUAUGCGUUUGUGGCAACUCGUCUCCAUUUUCAUCUUGCUAAACAAUACAAAUAAAAGAUAAAAAACUGUUGACCUUGAAAGAGGCAAAAGUAGGCCAAAAGUGCAAUACAGUGUUGUAGCUCUUUAUGGAAUCUGUUUUAACUGCAUGUGUAUCUGUAAAUACAAAGUGAUUCGUGACUUAAUUAUUGUCUCCUGGGUCUGUAGCAUUAUUAACUUCUAGGAGCAGCAUUGGAGUAGAGUAUACUGAAUGGUUGCAGAUUCACUGAAUAUUUGAUCUGAAAGGAAGCUUAGAGAAGAUCUUGUCUGGACCCAGGAAAAGGGAGGAGACCUCAAUAAAAGGGAAAGUUGAGACCCAGGGAAGAGGAGGAAAUGUCCUAAGGUCACUCUGAAAAUACAUUAGUGAUGGAGAUGGAGCCAGAGGUAGGUAGGCCUGGGAUCACCUCUAGGAAGAAAUUCACCUAUUCUGAGUGUCUAUUGUGGGUCUGGCACUAUUAAACAUUGGAUAAAUGUAAAUGAAAACAAAUGGUCCCUGCUGCAAGGUACCUCUAAUUUAAUAGAGGUGCUGUGUCUGAAAUAUUAUCCUCUCAGUUUGACAGGCAAGGAAACUGAGCCUCAGAAAAAUUAACAUGUCCACGUCACCCACUAGUAUUAUUUGAACCCAGCUCUGUCUGUGAUUCCUGCUCUUUCAGUCUUCCUUUUCUGAUUGUCUCUCAGAAGAAGGGUAGAUGGGGUGGUGAUAGUCGCAGAUUCCCCAGGAUUCUCAGAGUUAAUUAAAUAACCUCAAUUGGGACGUUGGUUUCUCAACUGCUUUGUGACUACAGCCUUGUAGCAACCACAGAGUGAUAUGAGCAUGCCCCAGACCUGACUUCUCACUCACAUCACCCACUCUUGCCCCAAAGCUCCUUGCUUGGACAUCAAGUUUCCUGAAGUGCCUUGAGGAACAUUUAUUAGAGUUUGUUUGCCAACAUCUUGAGGGAAGGAGAAGGAAUUAGUAACCAGUGACCUGGAAUCUCAUAGAUUUCACAUGCCCCAUCCCAAACCCAUACCUGAAAACCUGCCACAGCUCGCGAAUCAAGCAGCAGCCUGUGAUUGGAAGUUCAUGGGAGAGACUGGCUCAGGAGAGAUGAAUACGGUUAAGUGAUGUUUUUUAAGGCCUGGAUCCCUUAUAUAGGGUAGACAAAACACAAAAUUAUUAAUUCAUUUAUUCAUUCAACAAAUACCGAGUAUCUAGUAUGUGCCAAAAUACAAAAUUGGUGACAAAUUAGAUAUAGUUCUUGUGUUUGUGAAGCUUAUAGUCUAUAGUCUAGUAGCUAAUAGUCUAGUCUAGAUAUUGGCAAAUAAUCACCCAAAUGUAAUUACAAAGUACUCUUUAGAAUGUGACCUUUUGAAGCAGAUCACCAGGCCUUUCUUCUGAGGCACUGAGGCACCUCUGGAUGGGUUUGAACUGCCAACCUUUCAGUUAGUAAUACAGCACUUAAGUGUAUGUGCCACCUGUAAUCAAUAUGUACUGUUGACUGAAAAAUUUGAUUAACGAAAGGCUGGGUGGAUGGAUAGAUGGAUGACUGAAGACAUAGCUGGCUGUAGUUCUUUCUGGCUUUGCCACUGGCCAGGAAACUCCUUUUUUAAAAUGUUGUCAUUUUCCUCAUUUGUGUUAGUCACUUGACAUAAAAAAAUUGAGAUUCUACAUUUUCAAGUUAUCUUUUUAGAGUCUCUUAGUCUUAAUGAAAAGACAUUUUUACAAAAAAACUGUUUUGCUUUAGUUUGAGUCUAACUAGAUCAGUGAGGUCAUCAAAAAUUAAUUAUUACCAAGGUUAGUGGUCAAUUCAACCUCCUACAGCAAACAUAAAAUUCUAACUGAACAAAAGUAGUUGUCUACAGCAAAUAUUCUAGCAAAUGUCACUGUCAAUAAUAAACACAUUCUAAACUUAAGGUUACAAAUCAAUGAUCUUUGGAAAUAUUAAAAUAAAUCUUUAAAAAUAUUAUAAAUUCUUUGCUCUUUUAUCUUACUUUCAAUUUGUUGAUGAUGAAAUUCAGAAUAAACAUAUUUAUCUUUAAAAAAAAAGUACUCUGAAGGAAAGGUAUACAGUGCUAUGAGAA